AUGAACGGAGGCGCUGUCCUGAAAUUGUUUUUUUCCCGUCGGGCGCUGUCCACUCGGUGUUUGCCUAGGAUACCGGCGGUGAGCGUUCGACCGGAACUCGAUUUUGACUAUCUGCUGGAUAAGAAUCGACUUGCCGAAAUACGGGUGAACAUUGAACGUCGGAAACAGGUCGGGGACAUCGAUGAAGUGCACCGACUAUGGGACACGUUGUAUCCGUUUGUCCUGGGCAGGCAGGACCAUGUAGACGAGAUGCAGUUACAAGAUAUUUGGAAUGCGUUUUAUGCGGAGGCAUUGAAAAUUCCUAAUCGAUCUCACCCUGAUGUUCCAGUCGGACCUAAAUGCAACGCCAAAACGGUUUUCGUCCACGGAGAGAAAAGGAUGAUGAAUUUCAAGGUUCGCAAAGCAGAGGAGCUAGCCAUAAAGUUCCGACUUCUUCGUUCCGAUGUUGCGCAGUGUUGUAGUGAUAAAGCGUAUUUUCUACUCAGCCAGUUGGCCAUCAUCGAGAGGACGUUGGUCAGAAUAGUUGUUAACCGGUUGCUGAAGAAAGGAUUUCAGUUGAUCACCGUGCCGGAUAUCAUCGGCAGCGAAAUCGCCAUGAAAUGCGGACUCAUGAAUCGAAGCGAGAAAAACAUAGCUUAUACUCUGAAGAAGUACCCGGAUUACUGUCUGUCAGGGACGGCGGAAAUGGGAAUCUCUUCUUUCCUGCAAGGUCAAAUGUUUCGGCUGGAAGAACUACCACGACGAUACGUCGCACAAAGUCGCUGUUUCCGGCCAGAGGCAGCCAGCGGAAACCUCACUAGUGGCCUCUACCGGGUGCACGAAUUUACGAAGGUCGAAAUGUUUGGCGUCACUGCUGACGAAACCGGAAACGAAAGUGACAUUAUGCUGGAAGAGUUGGUAGAAUUUCAAAAGGACUUCUUCACUUCUCUGAACCUACACUUCAGAGUAAUGGAUAUGCCGUCUCAGGAACUUGGGGCUCCUGCAUACCGGAAAUUUGAUAUUGAAGCAUGGAUGCCUGGAAGAAAAUCAUACGGUGAGGUACGAGGUACUAAUAUGAAUGCAUUUCGAUGCUUUUCAUGUGUUAAUGCCUCUUCGAUGUGA